AUGUCAGAUAUAUCGGUCAAAAAAAUUGAACGCCGUGAUGAUGCGACCAUGGAAAUGUCACCUCGUCAAUUUAAUUCGGGAAAACACCUCGCAAACCCCGCGCCUUUGGCAAUGGGCGGCUUCGCAACAACCCUCCUCUCCGUCUCGCUGGCGAUGAUGAACUGCCGCGGCGUCUCGAACCAGACAAUUUUCGUCGGAGAUCUUUGUUUCGCAGCUUGCAUUGGGCUAUUGAUUUCAGCGCAGUGGGAGAUGGUUCGUGGGAAUACCUUCUCUUAUACAGUUUUAUCGGCGUAUGCAAUGUUUUACGGUGGCUAUGGAGCGACUCUGAUUCCUGCAUUCGGAAUUAUCGAUGCUUAUGGAGGGUUUACCCCGGAGUAUUAUAAUGCCCUGGGCUUUUUUGUCCUUUUGUGGGGUGUUUUCAACCUUUUUUUCUUGAUCGCCAGCAUUCGACUAAACGUCGUUUAUAUCAUAAUUUUCUUGUCGCUGGAACUAUGUCUCAUCUUCGAUGCCGCGUCACAAUUUAAGCGCGCAGAUGGCAUGAUUGAACUCAGCGAGAAUCUUUCGACUGUUGGUGGUGCUUUCGCGUUUGUGGCAAGCAUUUUCGGCUAUUAUACUGUGCUGCAUUAUCUGUGCCAGGAGUCGUUGCCAUUUACUGUUGUGAUGGGGGAUACUUCCAGGUUCUUUGACAGACGGGCUCGGGGUCCUUCUACGAGUGUGAAGGAGAGCGAUGACCUUGUCUGA